AAACAACUUCUCACCAGCGCCUUUGACAAACUCGUAACAAUCACCGUGAUCAUUCCCCCCAGACUCGAGACGGUGGUCAUAUGAAGGAAAGCUCAACCACUCGACGGCCAGCCUGCUAAGAUUUUCACUUGCGUCGCUUUAACGAGCCCUCGUCAUCAGAUCGACCAGCUGAAGGAAAAUCACAAUCAGGCGGGAAUCACAAUCAACAAUCAACGACAUCACCCACCAUCAUCAACAACAAGAACUCACAUCACACAAUCACUGCCAGCAGAUAUGUCAUCGCAAAUUUCUCUCCACCCUCGUCCUCUCCAACCAUCGCCCUCCUCAAGCUCAUCAACACGUGCAACCAACCCACUCCCCACCCUGAUCCAAACCCCCACGGGCCUCGCCCUCCUCGAACUCCAAGGAACUCUCAACAUACGCGACUUUGACCCAUCCUCUACAGAACAAAUCACUCCAAUCCCUGUAGGGAGGAUCGAUUUCCCCGAUUACCAGCCCAACUCCCUCACCUUUGACGCCAACGACAAGAAGUGGAUGAAGAGGGUGUAUAUGUACAUUGGCGAGCAUCAGCGGUUGCAUGGGGAGGUGAAGGGGCUGGGGAAGGCGGUGGGGGUUGUGAGGAGGAGGGUACGGCAGCGGGAGGGGGUGAACGGGGAGGAGGAGGAGGAGGAGGAGGAGGAGGAGGAAGAACAGAAAGAGGAGUUGGAGGUGUUGGAUAUUAUAAGGUACAAGAUUGUUUUUGGGACGAGGCCGGAGCCGGUUACUAGGGGGGAGCAGUUCAUUGGACGGGGUUCUGAACAGACCUAGGGUUACUAAGGACGGGAGGGUGUGGAGGAGGGGGUUGGUGGUGGCGAAAGUUAGGAAUAGCUCCUCAGGAAAGGGAAUAAAAAAAGGUUCAGGCCAUGGAACAACCUCACAGUCACCACGGGUAGCUUUGUUAUCUACUUUUAUGAAAGGAGGGUGGUGUGGUACACAGGUGCUGAAGUUGAAGAUGACAGAGGGAAUUUGACGAGUUAUAGUGGAUAUACCUAUAACCCCCCCCUCACACUCCGUUACAUGUGGUCUUUAAUAUAGCUCGGUUUUUCUGGUGCUACGUUUAUCUUUGAAGAGAUGGAAGAUAAAAAGGUGUCAUAUGACCUUUGUCUCCUUCCCAUCCCAAAUUUUUUCAUUUUCUAUCUUA